UAGAUAGUUCAGUGGAUCGUCCAGCGGAGCGUCCCGCAGAUGCUGCAGUUGAUCGCACAGCACGUCAGAUUUCAAUUCAGAAUACCAAUGUAAAUGCUAUUGGUGGAUGUCCUUUCCGUAAAUGCGGAGGUCCUGGCGGCGGUGGUUCUUCCGGUGGAGGUUCUUCCGGAGGUGGUUCCUCAGGUGGUGGCUCCUCAGGUGGUGGCUCCUCAGGUAAUGGAUCCUCUGGAGGGAGCGGCUCUUCAGGUGGAGGCACCUCUUCUGGAGGAAGUUCCUCUGGAGGAAGUUCAUCUGGAGGAGGAUCUUCUGGUGGAGGUCGUGGAGGUGGCCGUAGAGGAUGUCGUGGUGGCCGUGGACCACGCUGUCGGGGAGGCGGACGUGGAGGUGGCGGCGGUCGUGGAGGUGGCGGACGUGGUGGAGGUGGCCGAGGAGGGGGAGGUGGACGACCUGGACGACCUGGACGUCCUGGCAGUGGCGGAGGCGGCUUCGGUGGAGGUGGCGGCGGCUUCGGAGGAGGCGUCGGUGGUGGCGGUGUACUUGGACUGGGCCUUGGACUGGGUCUUGGUUAGACAGUUGCCACGUCAAAACUUAAAGCAAAAACAAAGAUACUAUGCUGUAAAAAGGGAAAGAUUAGCAAAGGAAAAACGGGUUAAGGUUUUGGGAUUAGAGGUUUUAGGAUUAGGAUCGUGGAAUUCGACAUAUUGCGAAUGUGCUUUAAUACAUAAAGAUAUUAAAAUAUUAUUAAUUUCAAUAUUACUUGAUAUUUGGUUUUAGAAGUAGUAAAAGUUAUCAUAAAUUAAAUAUAGAAACAAAAUUUAUUAACUGAAG